AACCGACGCGAUCCCCUGUCAGAAUUUCCAGCCCUGGGCUUCCAAACACACGAAACUCACCGCCAGAAUUGCGCGCAUCUCCUUCGCACGCACAACACACGGACUGCGCUGCGCUACUGCGAACACCCGCCCGACCACCUGGAUUGAGCAAAGAAGAGCAGGGCUUGACUGCGCGGCCCGGCACCAUGGCCUGGUAUGAUGAGGAUAGCUGGCUGACCCAGGCCUUGUCGCCGAAGUUGUCGACUAUUCUGGUCACCUUGGCAAUUACGCUUCUGCUACCUGUUCUCCUGCAUUCGUUCCUGUACAGAAAGGUCGCCAGCGCCACCGGCCUGCCCACGUUCUUGCUCGUGGGCCCCAGCGGAGGCGGCAAGACUGCAUUUACGACGCUGAGCGAGCGCGGCACCGUCCCCACCACCCACACCUCCACCACCCCCCUUUCCAUCGAAGCCCUCUUGCCCGACCCUCACGUUCCCGCCUCGGCGCACUACCGCUCCCCCGGCGACCCAGCCUUUGAGCGCUCGCGCCGCUUCAUUCUCCUCGACACGCCCGGCCACGGCAAGCUGCGCAAUUACGCUACCACCACACUUGCGAACCCCAAGGAUGUCCGCGGCAUCAUCUUCGUCGUGGACGCUGCCGCCAUCGACGAGGAGGCCGGGCUGAACGAGGCCGCCGAGUACCUGCACGACGUGCUGCUGAAUCUACAGAAGCGGUACACUAACGCCAAGACGAGCAAGGGGCCCAAGGAGAUCCCAGUUCUGAUCGCGGCGAACAAGAUGGAUCUGUUCACUGCGUUGCCUGCGAGCUCGGUUAAGACUAAGCUCGAGAAGGCCAUCAGCGCGGUCAGAAACAACAGGGCUAAGGCGCUGCGUGACGCAGGGGCUGCGCUGAGCGGUGAUGAUGAUGUCGAUGAGGAGAAGGAAUGGCUCGGUGAGGGUGGAGAAGGCAGCUUCGAGUUUGACCAGAUGAGGGAAGUUGGCACUACUGUCGACGUUGUUGGCGGUAAUGUCAGCCAGGGCAAGAAUGUUGGCGAUGUUGCGGGAUGGUGGUCGUGGGUCGGUGAGCACUUGUAGAAGGCGAUUGGCAGUGCACUUGUUGAUGGGAAGCUCAUGUGUAGGAAUAGUCGAUACCCAAUUUCGAUGUUGAUAUACAACCGCAAGUGGACUUUACCACUUGUCACUUCCAGAUUUGACGUUCGUAGGCGUCCAUUUCAAUGCACCUACCUUCUACGUCGCUUAGCUUCUUUAUCCUAGUUACUACCUUGAAACAUGGCCAAUUACGAGCCCGGAUACAGUCCAGUCGCUGGUGGAGUAUUACUGAUCAAGAUAACAAGCUUUACUCCCUGCUGUUUCGACUUAUCGCGUGGCAACGUCUCGGUCUCGGGCCGAUGAAU